AUGUCGUUCGCAGUCAAUCCCACCGCCUCGUGUGCGUCCUUCGGCGCUGGUGUGCUCUCCAGAGAAGUCCUCUCCCUUGUGCCGACAUUCGCUGGCUCGUCUUGUCCUCCUCCGCCGGACUGUGCGCUUUCGAGCUUGUCCGAGUCCUUGUCCGCUGCCCUUCCUUCCCUCGAACCUCUCGUCACCUCUUCCCUGGCGCUGGCCGUCCUCCCGGCGCCUCAAGCAAAGCCCAUCGAGGCUAUAAACGAGGAGAAGGAGGAGAAGAAGAAGAAGAAGGAGUAG